CUUAAUUUUAAUUUUGCGUCAUUCGUUAUCCUCAGGGUUAUCUCCCUCCGAAACCGACGAGUCCUCUCUCCUCCAUUGCUUCCGGUAGUAUCACGGAGGUUGGAAAAGCCCUACGCUCGCAGGGGCUUCUCAUCUCACUCAUCUCUCUGCAACAAAGUUCGUUCCGUACCACUGAUUGAGAAAGAAGAUUGAAGGAGUUGAAAGAAGAAUUGGGAGUAAUGUCUGCGACGCUGUUGUCUUAUUGCAAUCCAAGUCUAGCUUGUAAUUACGGGAGGAUGGAUUCGAAACACAUGGCUUUCGGACAUUUACGGUCUAUUGGAAGUAGAAACAAUGGCUACCGCAAGCUUACCGUGUUUGCCGUUACAGAAGGGUCUGCAAAAUCGAGCGAGUCUGAAGAAACAAUCCCUUCUUGGGCCAAACCUGAUUCGGAGGAGCCUCCUCCUUGGGCAAGGGAAGAAGGCAAGGAAAUUGGAACUCAACAGGGAUUUCAGGUCCCUUUCUACGUUUACUUGCUCGCCUCAUCUAUCACUGCAAUUGCUGCUAUAGGUUCCGUAUUUGAGUACGUCAACCAGAAGCCUGUCUUUGGAAUUAUAAAUUCAGACAGCAUAUUGUAUGCUCCGUUGCUUGGAUUUUUCGCAUUUACUGGCAUUCCCACUGCUCUAUCACAGGAAUUGAUCGAAUGCGGUGAAUCCCAGACUAUCACAAGGGUGAUUGCGUACGUUCAUCGCAUGGAUGUUGCGGCUAUUGAUCGCAUGCGUUCAUCGCAUGGAUGUUGCGGCUACAAAGUAAUAACCAUGAUAGAAGGGUGAUCGCAAGAUUGGUGGAAUGCAACGGUACUUCAGCAAAAACAAGCAUGAAUGCAUACCCUGGGAGUACCGAAAAGAUGAUGUUGACAUUUCACCUACUGCGCCGUUAGUGGCAGAGGUUCAGAGCUGGAUCAUCGCGCCGUUAGUAGCAAAGAUUCAGAGUGGGACCAUUAAUGCUGUCGGUGAUUGAGCUCUAUAAAUAGAGCCUUAGAGCCCAAAUUCAAUACAUUCGAGCUUCUGCCUUAAGGCAGAUCCUUGUGAUC